CCCAAAGGCGCUGCUGGUAAGGCAAGCUAAAGCUUAAAACCGAAACCCAUUUCUGCAAAACACAGUUUUUAGCAGCGGUUUUUACAACUUGGACACGAUCUUUAGGAUAAAUCAAGAAAAUUUAGAGUUGAUUUAGUAUUAUAAUUAUCCCUGUACCCAAUAUGAUACUAAAAUAAAACCCAUCUUGCAUAUAAUUAUUAUUAAUUGUUUGUUCCCUUGUUUGAUGUUCUCUGUCUCACUCACUUUUACUCUAUAAAUACUUGUAUUCCCAAAUCUCAAAGCCAUAUUCAACUUAUCAAUCAUCUUUCACAACUCAAAGUCUCCCCCCCCACAAAAAAAAAAAAAAAAAAAAAAAAAAGAAUCCAUCAUUUUUCAUAACCAUCAUCAUCAUCAGAAGGAAGCUAUGCCAGGAACAGCUGGUCGGGUUAUCAAAUGCAGAGCUGCGGUGGCGUGGGAAGCUGGGAAGCCACUGGUAAUUGAGGAAGUAGAAGUAGCACCACCACAGGCUAAUGAAGUCCGCUUAAAGAUCCUCUUCACCGCUCUUUGCCACACUGAUGUUUAUUUCUGGGAAGCCAAGGGACAGACACCAUUGUUCCCCCGCAUAUUUGGACAUGAAGCUGGAGGAAUUGUAGAGAGUGUUGGGGAGGGUGUGACUGAGCUUCAACCAGGUGACCAUGUCCUCCCCGUGUUCACCGGGGAGUGCAAGGAAUGCCGCCACUGCAAGUCAGAAGAGAGCAACAUGUGUGAUCUCCUAAGAAUCAACACAGACAGAGGUGUCAUGAUCAAUGAUGGCAAAACAAGGUUCUCCAAAAAUGGACAGCCCAUAUACCAUUUUGUUGGGACAUCUACAUUUAGUGAAUACACUGUUGUCCAUGCUGGAUGUGUUGCAAAGAUCAACCCUAAAGCCCCACUUGACAAAGUUUGUAUUCUUAGCUGCGGAAUAUGCACAGGUCUUGGUGCCACUAUAAAUGUUGCAAAACCUAAGAAGGAUUCCUCUAUCGCCAUCUUUGGAUUGGGCGCUGUUGGUCUCGCUGCCGCUGAAGGAGCUAGGAUUUCAGGGGCUGCAAGGAUCAUUGGUGUUGAUUUGAACCCUAGUCGUUUCGAAGAAGCCAAGAAGUUUGGUGUGAAUGAGUUUGUGAAUCCAAAUGAUUAUGACAAACCUGUCCAAGAGGUGAUUGCUGAGAUGACUAAUGGAGGAGUGGACCGGAGUGUGGAAUGUACAGGAAGCAUUCAGGCCAUGAUCUCUGCAUUUGAAUGUGUUCAUGAUGGUUGGGGUGUUGCAGUUCUAGUUGGUGUGCCAAAUAAAGAUGAUGCAUUCAAAACCCAUCCAGUAAAUUUCUUAAACGAAAAGACUCUGAAGGGUACUUUCUAUGGUAACUACAAGCCCCGGACUGAUAUUCCUGGUGUUGUGGAAAAGUAUAUGAACAAGGAAUUGGAACUGGAAAAAUUUAUCACUCAUUCGGUACCUUUCUCGGAGAUCAACAAAGCGUUUGAGUAUAUGCUGCAGGGCAAAUCUAUCAGGUGCAUCAUCCGCAUGGAAGAUUAAACCCUUGCAAGGGAACCAUAAUCGCCAUGUAAAUAGUUUUUUCUUGCGUGAAAUAGGUUUUUCUGGUGUGAUAUGAAAGAGAAUAAAGUUUAUCCUCUCUAGAGAGGAAAACAGUGUAUAAUGAAUAGUUGUGGUUUAAAUUAUAGUUUUUUGGGUUCAAAUUAUAGUAUUUGUAUUUAUCUCUCAUUGUAAUUUGGAGCUCCUGUUUCAAGUACAAUGUUCGUAUAUUUUCUUGUGUGAUAUAUCAUUCAUGGCAUCUUUU